AUGUCAUCUGAGUGUCAAGGUAAGGAUACAUGGCCUGAACUUCUGGGAGCUCAGGGGACAGAUGCAGAGGCAACAAUUGAGAGCGAGAAUUCUUUGGUUGACGCUCAGAUCGUGCUAGAAGGGACGAUUGUCACUGCUGAUUUCCGGUGCGAUAGGGUUCGCGUUUGGACUCCAAGGACUUCACAUCAGGGUGGUUUGAAGAAAUUUACGUGA